AUGGUGUUUACACAAAAGCAAUGGAUUGUCAUCGGAUGCAUUGCGACUUUUGUUGUAGUUGGUGUCGUCGUCGGUGUUACCGUAGGAGUUGUUGUCGGACGAAGAAAAUCUGAUAGUGUAGCAGUCGAGCAGCGAGUGAAUGAUAUCCUAGCGCAGAAUCCAUUAAUUGACGGUCACAAUGAUUGGGCUUGGGUUAUUCGUAAAUAUUUCCGGAAUAAUAUAACUGGUCUGGAUUUGAACGAUAUGACUAAAUAUCGUAAUAUAACGACAAUACACACGGAUAUAACACGAUUGCGAAAAGGUCAAGUGGGCGGCCAGUUCUGGUCCAUCUAUACACCCUGUGAGCAUCAAGGAAGAGAUGCAACUGUGAGUUUUAUGGAACAAAUCGAUUUGGUGAACCGAAUCAUAGCGAAAGAACCAGAGGCAUUCCAGUUGGCCAGAACAGCUGCUGAAGUUCGAGAAGCGUUUCAAGCCAAACGUAUUGCUAGUCUCUUGGGAGUGGAAAGUGGACAAGCUAUCGAAAGCACAUUUUCCAUCCUGAGACUUUUCUAUCAACUGGGAGUACGAUAUAUGACAUUGACACAUAAUUGUAAUACACCCUGGGCUGAUCAGAAUCGUGUUGAUCGACCUGGUUCAACUUUACCCAAGAAUGAAGGGUUAACUGAAUUUGGAAAGAAGAUUAUUGCAGAAAUGAAUCGUCUGGGAAUGUUAGUUGAUCUAGCACAUGUUUCGAAAAAAACUAUGCUUGACGUAUUGGAUGUCACUCGAUCACCAAUCAUAUUCAGUCAUUCAUCGGCGUGGGCAUUGUGUAACCAUUCACGAAAUGUUCAAGACGAUGUACUUCGUCUAGUAAAAAAUAAUCGUGGUAUAGUUAUGGUGGCAUUUACACCCGGUUUCAUUACAUGCGACAGUAAAAACUUGGGAAACAUUUCCAAUGUCGCUGAACAUAUCAAUUAUAUUCGUAGUCUAGUUGGUGUCGAUGGUAUAGGUUUGGGAGGUGAUUUUGAUGGAAUUGAUGAAACACCGUACGAUCUGGUCGAUGUAUCGGGCUAUCCGAAAUUGAUCGAAUAUUUGGUUUCACAAGGCAACUGGACAGAUGAGGAUAUCAUUAAACUGGCUGGUGGCAACAUCUUACGAGUUAUGGAAGAGAAUGAACAGAUUGCCCGCGAAUUACAAAAAACGAUGCAACCAUUGGAAGACAUGAUACCGAUAGCAGAUCUAAUAAAAAAUAAUAUUACAUCAUGUCGAUACUUGGAUAUGUAUCCAAAUGCUGCUGCCGCUUAA